AUGGAGAAACGGAGUUCACUACAGGCGCGUCCAUCGGCGUAUUUGAACAUCGGAAAUGUUUCCGUCGCUCAGGACGUCACGGCCGCGGAGUCGUGUGUCCUCGCGGCGGGAGCAUGCCACGAGAUUCUUUUAGACGGUUUGGAAUCUUUUGAAGCAGAGACUCAAGAGCUUUUGCGACUAUCGAGGGUCUUGCAAAACAAUAGGGUUAGGAUACUGAUUUGCGUUGAAUGGUCGGAAUUCAGAGUCGACCUACAGGUGUUUACACUGGUCCCCGAGAAACGCGUUAAAGCUUAUGCGGCGCAGCAAUAUGAAGACAUUGAGUCCCAGGUUACUGAGCUUCUUGGCCUCGCCGAAAAGUCUAUCAAGUUGAUGGAAAGGAAGGAGAAAGCGCUCAAGAUGAAGGUCGAAUCCUUGCAAAAUAAAGAGCCGGAAGUGUCAAUCGAAGCACGUAAUGAUGCACGAAAGGCCAAGAUGCUAAUUAAACAACGAGAACUACUUGAGAAGGAGCUUAUCGCGCUCGAAAAGGAAUGCGCAGCUCUCGAACGUUGUCUCUGA